AGUCAUAUAUAAUACCCGCUAAAACAAAUGUGCAUCUUAAUAUCUAUGGACUCCACAGGGAUCCCAAUUUUUGGCCAAAUCCAGAGAUAUUUAAUCCAGAUAGAUUUUUGUUAGAUAAAAUUCGAAAUCGUCAUCCUUACUCAUAUUUACCAUUCAGUGCUGGACCACGUAAUUGUAUUGGCCAACGAUUCGCUCUGCUGGAGAUGAAAGCAAUGAUAGCCUCUCUGAUUCAUAAUUUCUACUUGGAGCCCAUUGAUUACUUAAAGGACUUGCGAAUGGAAGUUGAUUUAGUGCUGCAUCCUGCUCAUCCACUUCGUGUUAAAUUUGUUCCCGUUAAAAUGCAUGCAACUAUUUAACGCGAAUGCAUCCUUUAAGAGGCCUGUGACAAAAAUUAAAAAAUUGUUAAGUAUGUUAUAACUUAUUUAUAUAUACAUACAUAUUUUUUUUC